AUGGGCGACAACAACUACCCGCAAUUUCGUGCCGCGAAGUUGUUGCGCGAUCCCGUCCUGGACCCCUCUUGCAAGUCGAAAUUGUACAGAAUUGACGGUGUGGUUGUCGGAGCUUCUUGUCCUAGCCCCACGCCUGUUAUUGACCCCCGCAUAUCGCCGCAGCUGCGAAUGUUUUGCAGGAAACAAAAUUCGGAUCUUCCCGUUCCCAACUUUAAGUUCGAUGCUUACUUUAUAGGGCCGUGUCCAGAAAAAGAAGUUACAUUUUCCAACCUGAACGAUAAUAUAAACAUCAAAAACUUGGAACAAAUGUGCAAAGAGUUUGGGACAAUCGAAGAGGCAAAGGUUUACUUUCAUCCUCAAUCCCAAAAGCAUAUGGGAGUUGGCAAGGUGGUUUUCCAAUCAACCAAAAGUGCCAAGCUUUGUGCUGAAAAACUGAACAAUACUUCAAAAAUGGGAAAUAUUAUGAAAGUAGAACUUGACACAUUUGGGAAAAAGAGGUAUGCACUGUUAAGUUACCUGCAGGAUGAAAUGUCUCGGGAUCUAAUUUCGAAAUUUCAGUCAGACAAGUCACACAACUUGCUGAGUAAAUCUGUUAUGCCUACUACUGAGUCGGAAGCAGUUUUCAAGCCGAAUCCCCAUCAUCGUUCGCCAUCAGACCAUGAUUCCUUAAUGCCUUGUUUAACAAAUCAUGGAAAUCGUGGCUUUUAUCGGAACAAUUCCCCUUUUCAGACGAAUUCACGAGGUGUAGUAAGUACCGAUUCACACGAUUGCACACUCAAACGCUCCGAUUCUUCCUUCCUGCAAUCUGUUUACCAUUCCUCGAUCAGUGAACGUUCAAUGCUGCCGCAUUCAAUCAACGGAAUUCCAGUUCCUAAAGAGGAUCCUUUGGAUGUCCGAAUACAGAAACUGUUGCAUUCCAAUGCCUCUAGCUCACUCCUCUCCUUGAAGGAAUCUAAGAAAGAUGUCGAUAUAAAGCCACAAAAAACGCCCCUAUUGUCUGACACCUUUUCUGAGAAGCUGAAACCGGCACCGCUUCUUCAGAGUCCACUUAUGCCGACGCCGCCCUCCUUGACAUCCCAUUCACAUGCCUUAAAAACUGAACCUAAAGUUCCCACAAAGGCUGCUGUGGCUCGUAGAACUUUGUUGCCUACUCCCUUUGAUGAGGACAUGAAACCUGAAUGUAAGAAUGUUCGUCAGACGUUGAAGCAGCCUUUGCUUCAGGAUUCACCAAAACCCGCGAUAGAUUAUUUCCAUGUUACCAGACUGGCAGCAGAAACUUCCCUCCAAUUUGUGCGUGAACUGCGCGAUAUUAUAAGGAAAGACCUCGAACGACGUCUGAUCGAAGGAUACGCAUUUCGUACUUUCGAUAGUUGGUGGGAAUCCCAAAAAACGUGCGAGUUCCACAAGGAAACUUCCUCAAGUAAACGUCUAUUAAAGUCGCACACGGCAUCAACUUCCUAUCAAUUACCCUCUGCACACGCGGAAACAGUUGACGCCAGCAGUUUUAAUCAGCGAUCAGAUGCGUCUCUCUCUACCUCAACUCCUGGUGGUUUGGGCAUUUUUAGCGGCCUCCGCACUGCCCUGCCCAAAAUCAAGCGAAAACCGAAGCCCCCAACUCCACCAAAGAAAACCUCUUCACCCCACCGUUAUCGUAAUAGGAGUGCUUCAAAAUCCUUUUCCCAUCGCACUAGAGAACGACAUCAUGCUGAAAUGAGGAGGGAGUGGCGAAGCAGACGUCUGAAGGCGUCCUCAUCAUCGUCUUCUUCUUCAACAUCUCGAGACGCUUCUCCGACCACAUCGGAUUCAACAGAACCCACAGUUGCCUCUCCAUCCAAGUUUGCGAUGCAUAAAUCCGUGGUUGAUAAGCAACGGUUUACUUUCGAUACCGAAGAUGUAUCACGGCAUUCAUUCAAAACCCCUCACUUACCUGCCGCCUCAAAGCGUACUUUCACCUCUGCCAGGCGUUAUGAUAGCUCUCCGUCCAGCACCGACCAACGCAUCAGUCCCAACCGGCGAAAAGUGACGUUAAAAGACAGUAUCAGCCGGUCUUCCUCUUCUUCCUUGCCAUCGGCUUCACCAUCACCUUCGAGGAAGCAGAAAAAGCAGAAACCAGUUACGCUGCGCUCGCCAAAUAUUAAGCGUGUCUCCGGCAAACCCACUCUUCGAGUCGACGAUGUUUUUAAUGAUAGCUCCUCGGAUUCUAGCGUCAGUGAUGCUGUUCGCUCACGAUGCCCGUCUGAAGGGAACCGAGGAGUCGAACCUGCGGAUGAAAGUUCCACUGAGAAAUGCACUUCGAAGUCGAGGUCGUCAUCUCCAUUGACUUCUAAUGAGAGUCGUCAUCAGGAGUCUUCUCCUGCGCCCUCACCGACGCCUGAAUUGACAGAAGCACACGAUUCGCCUCAAUCGAAUGCAAAGUGUACCGAAGAUUCCUCCUUCGGAUUGAGUUCCCUCAGUUCUGAUGAUGAUGACCCUUUGGAAGUGCGACUUCAACAGAUAAGGUUGAACCGCCAUCAAAGGGCAAAUAAUCAGCGAAGUACACGCAAUAAGGCCGAUCAGCAAGUAGCAAACGGCAAGGCGUCGUCGUCCAUUCAACCGCCCAGGUCGGCCCGAUCACGGCAGAGCUUGAAGAACGAAUCGACUGCAGAUGAGAGUGAAAAGGAUGAAGCAGGUGGUGAUAACGAGGAGGAGGGCACUCAGUUGGUUCGUCACGCAAAGAUCUCUAAUACGACAGAUGGUUCUGUCGUUUCAAAGCGUGAUCGAUCACCGCGUUAUGGGAUGGCUAAGGAAUCCUCAAGCGACUCCGAUUGGACUCCUCAGAUGGAACGUGCCACUCCGCAAAAACGGAAUCGAAAUCGACCUCAAUUCAAUAUUUCCUCGGAAGACUCUUCCUCGCCCUUCAAUGAAUUUGCGGAGGAGGAGGAGAACGACGAUGGCGAUGGCGAAUCAUAUAAAGGCUAUCAAGCCACUCUGACUCCCACAUCUCGACGAAAACAGAACUUGUCGUUUCAUCGGGCCAGAAGUGUGAAAGGCAUUGCAAACAACAAACAAAAAACUCCUGCUACCACUACUCCCAAUCAGGAUGCACGUAGUGAUAUGCCGUUGUGGCGAUCGAACUCCAAGGGUUCCUUAUUUUCAGACACAAGACGGGAGGUCCUAAGAGAGGGUAAUGAUGAAGUAUUCGUAUCGAAACGAUCCUCACCCUCAAAAACACAAUUGGGUUGGCCAGAAAACAGUAGACCUCCGGUGUCACCCCUCUUUUCUGCUGACAUGGAUGGUGAUUCUUCCGACUCCUGUGAAGUUGUAGAGACAGUCCAAGGUAACUACCAGUGGCCAGAAUCUUUGCUCUGUGAGCACAACUACUUUCAUAUUCCUCCUCCUGGUGGUACAAUCACUUAUCGAACGUCGAGACGUGCUGCACGUCGACGGGUCUCUGUCUCAGCCUCGAUGCAGGAGAAUGUUACUUCAAUCACCACCCCAAUUCAAAGAUCCACAGGUCAUUGUGCCACAUCACUACCGCCUGGAACAGUAGAGCCUCUCAUUGUCCAUCGCUCCUCCUCCUCGCUACCUGGCUCUGGGCUGUUGCAGGAUCGCACAGUCAGCAGAAUACCAGCAAGAUGCGAUGCUGUCCAACCACGGCGUCAAGAGUAUAAAAGGCCACCCGUGCGACGGGCUGUCGUUGGGUCGAGGGAAUUGGCAAACUUGCUGACUCCUGUAGAAAAGUCGGACGUUCAACGCAAUUCUCAACGAUCGGAAUUUCAACCAUGCUUAAAGACUUUCAGUCCUCGCUCUCCCCAAGAUGAGGAAAUGAUUUUGACAUCAUUCCUCGAUUUUGGUAUUGACUCAGAAGACGUGGAGUUGCUGCAUGAACUAUUCAACCUCAUUCGAGAGUACGGAUCCUCAACAAAUGCCCAAUUACUCGCCUCCAUUCUCUCAUCUGCUCAUAUCCGCCAUCCCCACAAGCUGCUUGAUUUGAUAAAAAAUACAGCUUGGGUUGAUCAUCCCGCGUCUUUGGUACCCGAUCCCCUCGAUGUGGGGGCCUUUAUUGACUCCAAUGGUCGACUUCAUCAAGGUCGUCCCACCGCAUGUGUUGGUCUCGUUGACUCUGCAACCCGGAAGCGUCGAUAUGGCGCGCCUCGUAAUUGUCAGAGCAAGCGGUCGAAAUUCGAUCCCAUCCACCAAGAAUUUUCCGAGCAAUACUCUUCCAUGUCAGAUCAGCUUUCAGCCGAGGAGUUGAAUCCUGACUCACCAGUGUGCGAUGGGGACCCUCUAGCAUUUGCAGUUAAACCGAACCCUAUGCUGUCCUUGCAGAAACGAAAGUUAUAUGAGCAGGUGUAUGCUUUGGAGCAGAGACAGGCUGCCCUUUGGUCCAGUGGCAGUAAUCGUGCUAAGCGAAGAAGUAAAUCUAUGGCUGAUGAGAUCGACUUUCAUCUGGGUCCUGCUGCUUCUUGUCCACCGGUCAACUCCACUGGUUGUGCGCGAACACAGGGCUUCUACCGACUGGAUCCGAGUCAGCGUUUUCGUCGAUCCUGGUGCGUAGGACGAAGCAUGGUAUCCGAGGACGGCACUCAACGGUAUCCCCUCCCGCUCAUUCCCGCCUCGGUGGAACUGAAUGCCAUUAACGCUGCCCACGGCCUUGCUGACGAGCUCACCGAACAGGCGAGUGAAGCCAAACGCAAGAAAGUGACACAGGCUCGUGAAGUUCGCUCUGUUCAGCGACGCCUGCUCGCUGAAUUCCAGGACAUUGAAACGGGUGAUCUGCUCAAGUUCAACCACCUAGAGUUUCGACGAAAACAACUAAUCUUUGCCAAAUCUCCAAUCCACCACUGGGGUCUGAUUGCGCUGGAGCCGAUAGCCGCCGAAGAGAUGGUGAUCGAGUACGUGGGUCACGUUAUUCGCAAGGGUGUGGCUGAGCUGCGCGAGAAGCGGUAUGAACAACGUGGAAUUGGGUCUUCCUAUCUCUUUCGCAUUGACGAUGAAUUUGUCAUUGACGCCACGAUGUAUGGAAAUAACGCUCGCUUCAUCAAUCACAGCUGUCAGCCAAAUUGUUACGCCAAGGUGAUAACGGUGGAGGGCCGCAAGAAAAUAGUGAUAUACUCGAAGCGUGAUAUACAGGUUAUGGAGGAAAUCACCUACGACUACAAGUUCCCCUACGAGGACGAAAAGAUACCCUGCCUAUGCGGUGCCCCACAAUGCCGUGGAACUCUCAACUAA